GACCCAGCUCUUUCAUGCUAAGCGGAGCUAUCCACGCUCAAAUUACGCACUAAGCAGAUUGACCGGAGACUCAAGCGCGUCGGACCUUACUUUUGGUAGAUCAUCAAAACGCUCCAGCCAGUUACAGAGGUCACUUGACACACGCGAGCCCCAGCGGAACUUGCUUGGCAGCGCUAUCCGUGGUACCCACGCACAACACCGAACUUGAAUACUUUCACAAUUACAGCCAAUCUUGUGGACAUAUAUAAGAAGUGCCGAUUACCUCUUCUCGUCCUCCAGCAAACCAACAUUACCUUUACCAAAACAACUUCUUCUAACCAUAUUCCUCACCUCCAACCAAAACUCCACCACCCACAUACCAAUACCCGACAUCCAACCUGGCGCAAUGUCUUCCACUAGCUCAACCUACCACAUUCCGUUCCCAAAGAACUUUCUCACUGUCAACACUCCCGUCAAGAAGCAGUCCGGUUCCGGUGUUCAAUCUCCCACCGAGCCCGUCAUGCCUGCUCACGGGUUUCUAUCCAACCGACCAGCGCGCCACCAGUCUAUUUCCUCAGUCUCAAGCAUCACAAGUGUCGCAGCCCCACCCUCAGAGGCUAGCACUAUCAGCGCGCCAUCUUCUCCCACCACCAAGGCUGCCGAUUCACCUAUCCUUGGUCCGAAGAUUUUCGCUCCUCUGGCGGUUAAUGCAAAGCACGCGCUUCCACCGAGCACUUCUUCGGAGAUGAGCAACGCAGAGAGACAGAGGCGCAUGAGCUUCGAGAAGCACACUUUCUUGUCCAACAAGUUCUAAGUUGCGAGCGACGCAAUAGCUGCUAGUUGUGUAGCAAACGAAGAAGUCGCGGGGAACAAAACACAGUACGCCUUUGAGAGCGAGCGGCAUCAUGCGAUAGCGGGCGGAAUCAGGCGUUAACGAUGUCACGAUACCUUUUCCUUUUUCUUAUACAAAAUUCGAUAUACCACAAAAGAACCCUCACGGCCAUUGGGUAUUGGCGAACUGGGCUGGCAUGGGCAGGCGUUUACUUGAGGGGUCAGCUAGCUGGAAACAGGCAGCAGAAACACGGACUCACAUACUACGAAUUCAAAUUUGAUCCAAAAUCACACUUGCCCUGGCCUUAUCUCUAUGUAGUGAUUGAAUCCGCAAUCUCAGUUGCAUACCUUAA